AGGUCCGCGCCAGCGCGGCCGCCGAUGCCAGCGGCCCGGACCUGCGGCGAAGAGGCCCCAGGGACGCCGAGCCCGCCGAGGACGGCGAGCGACCCAGCGCCAGCGCCGACUGGGAGGCGCGCGGCCAGGCGGACGCCGAGGGCCUGCUCCAGCAAGAAGCUCCGAAGGGCUCGGGCUGGCCCCAGGAGGAGGGCUGGGCCGACCAGCGCCAGGCAGAGGCUGCUGAGGAUUCGGGCUGGCCCCAGGAGGAGGGCUGGGCCGACCAGCGCCAGGCAGAGGCUCCUAAGGAUUCGGGCUGGCCCCAGGAGGAGGGCUGGGACGCCGCUGGCUGGCGGGCCGAGAACGAGCGCCAGGCCGAGGGGCCGAAGGGCUCGGGCUGGCCCCGGGAGGAGGGCUGGGCCGACGCAGGCUCGGGGGCCGCGCCUGCCGAGGCCAGCACGAACCAGCGGCAGGACACCAGCUGGGGGGGCUGGGGCGACCAGGAGGCAGACGAGGGCAAGCAGCCCGAGGCGGCCACGACGCCCUGGAACCAGGCGGCCGGGACGCCGGGGAACCAGGCGGCGGGGACGCCGUGGAACUGGCAGGCCACCACGACGCCGGCCGGGAACCCAAUGCAGACUUCGCCAGCGGAGGAGCCAGAUCACGGAGACUCAGAAAGAGGCCAGGGCACCUGGGUCGGCAAGGAGGAAACUCAAGAGGUAAAGGAGGUAAAGGAGGUGAACGAGCCGGAAGUUUCCUGGGAGGCGCUACACAUGGGCAAAGAGCCCGACACGCUGGAUAAGCCCGAGGGCGACGAGAACGCGGACUACCCAGAAAUUGCAGCCGACAUGGACUAUAAGGGCGAGGGUUGGGUCCCCAACUCCCACGAGACAAUGGUGGCCUCCCUGCUGUUGCAGAAGAUACGCGGCCGUGCUGACAAGAAGAGCCUGGUCGGAGGCCCGUUCCCGAGCGAGGACGCACUGCGAGUGUUCAACACCCUCGCGCAUGGGCAGAUCGAGGAGCAGCGGAUCCUGGUCUGCGCGCUGCAGUGGAUCGAGGCGCUCGUGCUGGAGGCGCGGGUGAUGCCGGACGACAUCAGCAGCUGCGCCAUCGCCCUGUUAGCGGAGGAGCGGGGGGCCCUCGCGCUCGUCUGCAGGCACGUGCCGGCCCUCGCGAUGAGGACCAGGGCCGGGAGCCGCAUACCGAAGCUGCACGUCCGCAGGGAUGCCCACGAGACGAUCCCGCAGCUCACCAAGCUCUUGUGCGAGCAGCUCAGACUCCCAGAGCACGCACACGAGGAAGUAAUGCAGAUCGUGGGAGAUGUGCUGGGGCCCAUGCCUCUUACGGUGCGCCUCAUGAUCCUCGUGCACGCCUACGAGUACGCGGCGAUGAACCCGCAGGCAUACGCAUCGCCAGAGGCGCUGGCUGUCGCUUUCGUGAAGCAGUGUCAAGCAGAGCGCGCCAUCGAAAUAGUCUGCUGGCUGACGCUGGAGAAGGCCCUGGCGAUCGCGCAGUGUAUCAUAGAGGACUCGCCCAAGAGCCACGAGCUGCGCAAAGCCAAGAAUGCAGCCCUGAACCGGCUUUUCAAGAGCUGGCAGCUGAGGCCCAACGAGGAGCAGGCGGCACAGUUGCAUCUGCUGGAGCUCGAACGGCAGCUGCAGGUGGUGCUCAACAUCGAGAGGGACGUGGAGCUGCACUGGUGCGGGCUGGCGAGCAGCAAGGAUAGGACUGCGGAGGAUGUCGCCGCGAAAAUGCGUGCAUACCUGCACUUCGACAAGCUGAUUCGGCCGUACCUCUGCGGGGACGACGCCGGUGGCACAAAGCGGCCACCCCUCGAGAAAGAGGGCGGCAUCCCAAUCACUCUUCGGCAGGUCGCGCAGGUUCGAGAAGGCGUCGAUACGAUAUUGAAGCGGCUGCGGUCCCAGUAUGCGUGGGUCCCGCAGGGCAAAACUCGGCGGGCAGUUUCCAAAGCGAACUGGGUGGCGCGGCUGCAAUCAUUAAUGAGCCUGGCGACGAAUUCAGUGGUACUAGACGCCGAUCUUGAACUGGCAAGGCUGCUCACACAGAACAGCUUCAGGAAGCUGGGGUCCGAAGUGCUAGUCGGAUACUCGUCCUGGUGGAACUCGUUGGACAGAGAGAUGGUGAAACAAGAGCGGGAGACGGCCAGCAAGCGGAAGCUCGUCGCGAACGUAGAAGAGAUCAUGCGCAUGUACUCGUCCGUGCAGCUUCGGCCCCAGUUUGUGCCGCAGACGCCGUCGCACCUGGGCGUCGCGGCGCCGAUGCCCUUCACACCCGCGUCGGGAGCCGGCAUGCCACGGCAUGGGCUGCCGCCGGCCACACCCAGGGGCUUCGCCGCUGGCGGCAUGACACCCGCCGGGCUCCCGCCGCAGACGCCUGCGCAGAUAAGACGAGUGAUCCCGCCAGCGACACCUCUGACCCUGACCAGGCAGCAGGCGUCAGGCACCCCGGCAGGGCCGCCGCCGCUGACCCCGGGAUUCAGGGCGGCGGCCACGUUUGCGGGCGCGGGGGCGCCGAUCACGCCGUGGCAGGUGAAGACGGGUGCCGGCUCGGCGGCGCCCCAAACGCCGGCCGACGCCUUGCUCAAGGCACCCUCCACCCCGUCCGAGUUCAAGCCCCAUGCGGGCCAGAAGGCGGAGCACGGCGGCUCCUCUGCGCCCAGGACGCCGUGGCACCAGCUGGGCCCCUCGCCAGGGGCCAUCCCCAGCACGCCGAUCGACGCCUUCCAACCGCUGACGCCGCGGGGCCCCCCGCCCGCGACCCCGGCCGGGAUCCGAGGUGCGGCGCCCGGGUCGUCGACCUCCGCCUUCUCCGCGCCGGCGCAGCCGUUCACGCCAGCGGGUCCGCCGCCGCAGACGCCAGCGUUCCAGCGAGGUGUGGCGCCGGGGUCGUCGACCUCCGCCUUCUCCGCGCCGGUGCAGCCGUUCACGCCAGCGGGCCCGCCGCCGCAGACGCCAGCGUUCCAGCGAGGUGCGGCGCCGGGGUCGUCGACCUCCGCCUUCUCUGCGCCGGCGCAGCCGUUCACGCCGGCGGGCCCCCCGCCGCAGACGCCAGCGAAUCCAGGCUCUGCGCCGCCCCUGUCCGCGCAGCCCUUCACCCCAGCGGGCCCGCCCCCGCAGACGCCGGCCUUCCCACGCAGCGCGCCCGGGUCCGCGGCCUCGGCCAUGCCCUUCACGCCCGCGGGGCCCCCCCCGGCGACCCCAGCGCCCAGCUCGGCGGUGUCCGCGCAGCCCUUCACGCCGGCGGGCCCGCCCCCGCAGACGCCCGCGUUCCGCCAGCCGUCGCCUGGCGGCUCGACCUCUGGCCUGUCGUCGCAGCCGCAGCCCUACACGCCCGCGGGCCCUCCGCCGCAGACGCCCGCCUUCCAGCCGCUCUCCGCGCCGCCGCAGACGCCGGCCGGACCGCCCCCGGCGACGCCGGCGCUGCCAGGCGGACAGCGGCAGGGCGCGGCGCCAGGGCCGGCGGCCCCCGGCACUCCGCAGGAUGACCUACGCGGCGCAGCGGAAUCGAAGCCCGCGCCAGGCACCCCUUGAGCAGCGCUGGCGGUAGCCACCCAUAGUCCCAGACAUCCGACGCCACGAUUGUGUUCACAACGUGGCCCCCCAGCGAAGACGACUAUCCCCCCAUGACGGCGGGAUGGGAAAACGGCCCGCCACCGACGGAUGUCAGGGACCCACGGCAGCCGCUCGUAAGACCGGGCGCCGCCGCCGAAAUCGCGCUGGGCCGCGGGCCCGCGCUCGGCGAUCUGCCUGUGCCGCGCGCCUGCAGAGUCUCGGGCGGCUCGCGGGCAGAGUGCAUGCAGGGCUCGGCGGGGGGGGGGGAAGCAGUGCGCCGCGAGGGAGAGGUAUGAGCCCAAA